AGCACGUAAUUUUUUUAGAAAUCAAUGCAAAAGUCUGAUAUGAAGCAUAAGUACAAAAAUGUACCCAAAAAAUGCAAUUGCAAAUACCAUUAUGGCAACAAUAUUAAUAUAUUUAAGUCUGGCAGAAACAAAUUUUACAGGAAAAAUAUUUCGAUAAUUUGAACAUGACACUGUUAUAAAAUGGUUUGCUUCUUUGAUUGAAACCUCUAGAUCCACUUCUACCCUUCUAAUUUUGAGAUAAAUCAACUGGCAAUUUCUUUAUUCUAAUUUUCAAGGCAAAAUUAUGUUACAUAUGCCACUGGAUUUCAUGCUUUCAAUUAGAUCUAUGCAGCUUUUCUCCAACAAGGACAAGAUUUUAACCUAUUUUUGUCAAAAGUAACACACCAGUCGAUUACCUGGCAAUCAGAAAGUCGGAAACCUCAGAGAGCAAGAAAUGAGAGUGCAGGGUGGGAAGUGAAACCCAAGAGUUAAGAGAGUGCAAUUCUUACUUUCUAAGGGGUUUUUUAAACGUGAAAUAUGGCAGACAAGUCUACCCGAACGAUGGGAUGGGGUGACCAGCCUGUCGUUCAAGUGAAUUAUUUUUCAUCUCCAUGGGAACUUGGAAAAUCGACUCCAAAUUGCAUACCCAGACUGUGCAGUCUUACUUUGUCAAAGCUGACUCUGCUCAGACCCUUGGAAAAUGAGUUGUCCUCGUUGGGAUUGUCAAUAGCUGUCAAAAUGCACAAUUCCAAAAGAGUGGCACGAUCAGACGAGAUUACACUCCCCAACGGCGGAUCUCUUGACACAGAUUUAGAUUUGGAUUUCCGUUUUUCGCUACAG